UGCUGCCCUUGUUGUAUCCCUAGCAGACGACGAUUUUAUGAAAGUUUGGGGGAGAGAGGGGGAAAUGAUCAGCAGACAGAGGAUGGACAACAUGGCAAUGUACAUAGUAUUAUCCCACAGAAGGAUUUUGAGAGCCUUGACUAUGACCAGUGCCACAACGAACCUUUCAAUGAAAUGGCCAACGAAGUCUAUCAAAGCAAGUGGUCAUAUAAUAAAGUCGGCUUGGUGAAAUGGGUCCUGACAUUUUUUGUUGGGUUCUUGACAGCAAUGGUGGCGUUAUUUAUAGAUUCCAUCGUGAAGCUGCUGACUGAAUGGAAGUUCUCCACCGUUGAUGAAAGUAUCCAGCAGUGUUCCAAGGAUGGUUGUCUGGUGCUCUCUCUCUUGCUGCUGUUGGCCUUCAACGUGAUAUUUGUUGCCAUAUCUGCAAUAUUUGUUGCCAUAGAACCAAAUGCUGGAGGCUCUGGCAUACCAGAGGUCAAGUGCUACCUCAACGGUGUGAAGGUGCCAAUGGUGGUGCGGCUGAAGACCCUUGUCUGUAAGGCUGUGGGAGUCCUGUUCAGUGUGUCGGGAGGUUUAUUUGUUGGGAAGGAAGGUCCAAUGAUCCAUAGUGGUGCUGUAGUAGGAGCUGGUUUACCACAGUUCCAAAGUAUUUCAUGUCAAAAAGUUGAUUUUAAAUAUGCCGUGUUUCGUAGUGAUCGAGACAAACGUGACUUCGUCUCUGGAGGAGCUGCUGCUGGUGUGGCAGCUGCAUUUGGUGCUCCCAUAGGUGGUGUUCUGUUCAGUCUGGAGGAAGGAUCAUCUUUCUGGAAUCAGAAGUUAACAUGGCGAACGUUUUUCUGCUCAAUGUCUGCUUCCUUCUCACUGAAUUUCUUCCUCUCCGGGAUGUCAAAAAUAGAUGGCAAAGAACAGUGGGGCUACUUCUAUCUACCUGGUCUCAUUAACUUUGGAGUUUUUAGUUGUCCUGAAGACCAACCAAACUGCCGUCUCUGGAGUGGAUGGGACCUGCUCAUAUUCCUGCUCAUGGGCAUCAUCGGAGGACUGCUUGGUGCCCUCUUCAAUCAGAUCAACAAACUACUUACUGUCUAUCGUCUCAAAUAUGUUACAAGGAAACCAAAAGUUUUCAAUAUCCUUGAAGCCAUUUUGAUAGCUGCCACGACAACCACAGUAGCAUUCAUGGCUGCCAUGUGCCUGGGACAGUGCAAGAAGUUAGCUGAGCACCAAGCCAAUGCCACGGUACGUACUUACUUCUGUGAUAAAGGCGAGUACAAUGACAUGGCCACGCUAUUCUUCAAUCCGUCCGAGGCUGCCAUCAAGCAACUCUUUCAUUUAGAGGGCAACUUCAGUCUUCCAUCGUUGGCAAUCUUCUUCAUCUGCUUCUUCUUCCUGGCCUGUUGGACGUACGGGUGCGGUGUCCCAAGUGGUCUAUUUGUUCCUGCCUUGCUCUGCGGUGCCUCAUAUGGGCGAUUCGUGUCAACCAUCUUGUAUGAGUUUCUUGGUUACCAACAUGGCUCCUCGGGGACUUUCGCCUUGAUAGGUGCAGCGGCUUUUCUUGGCGGCAUCGUGCGGAUGACGAUUAGCCUCAAUGUGAUAUUAAUCGAGGCGACCAAUGAGAUCUCACUUGGCCUUCCGCUCAUGAUUGUUCUUCUGGUUGCCAAAUGGGUGGGAGACUUUUUCAAUGAGGGUAUUUAUGACAUACACAUUGAGCUGAAGGGUGUCCCUCUCCUCGGCUGGGAGCCGCCAUUUGGUGUUCACAAAUUACGAGCCAAAGACAUCAUGGACACAGACAUCAUGUACAUGUACCCUCACAGUCGCGUCGGCUCAAUUAUCCAGAUGUUACGCACAACUUCCCACAAUGCAUUUCCUGUGGUGACUUUGGAAAAGAGUCAUAAGGCGGACAAUAUCAAGCGACUUGGUCGUGGACGUUUGGAUCAUAACAUUAAAUACAGGAUCCAGAGUCUGGUGACGAGGGAGGGAGAGCAUCGAAGGCGAUUAAUCAGCCUUUCUCCAUCCACCCGUGUUCUAGAACUGACUGCAACUGCCUCAAGUGAGGAAAGCGGAGAGCGCAGGGGUCGGGUCAUGUCUGAUCCACACUUGUCCCAAAGGAUAAAAAGUGAUCCCUACGAACCUGAGGAGUCAGACGACCACUUCCAACCUCUCCGAUUCCAUGGUAUCAUCCUGCGAUCACAGCUCACUGUGCUCAUUGAGAAAGGAGUGUGUUACAGUGAGACUGAGCCGGAGACGCACCAACCGAAGGUGAACUAUGAGGAGAUGAUGGGAAAGUACCCGCGUUUUCCAGACAUCUUUGAUCUCAAUGUCACAGAUGAGGAGAAAGCAAAGAUCAUGGAUGUGACUCCGUACAUGAAUCCUUGCCCGUACAACGUGCUUCCAGAAACUCCCAUGAUGCAAGUCUUCCAUUUGUUUCGAAGUAUGGGAUUACGCCAUCUCCCCGUUGUCAACAGUCGUGGUGAAAUUGUUGGGAUUUUAACGAGACAUAACCUGACCCUGGAAGCCCUGGAGGAAAAGAUUGUGGAAGUAGACGCCAAGGCCAACCUGCUUAGCAGUAAUACAGAUGACUAUACCACCACGGCGUAGACUCAUCAAUGAGAAGAUGAGUGUGGCACCCCUGAUCGUUCAACCAGAUGACAAAGAACCUCCACAGCAACAGAAGAGACCACUUUUGCACGACGUUUAAGCUUGAUCAUCAGGGCCCUAGAUGGACUUUUUACCCUAUGACUCUUGAGGAAAGCCAAGCUUAACGAGUGAAGCUGAAGACAAAUGUUCGCAUUUAGUUCAUUGAUAAGAAAAAGAGCUCACCUUAUUCUAAAGGAGUUUAUAGGAUGUUUAAAGGAAGUUACAUCACUUGAAUUUAACUAGGUGCUAGCUCUAUGCUUGGGACUUUGCCAAAGCACACUAGAUUGCUAGUGUUUAGGUGCUGGAGCACACAAGAUUGCUAGUGCUUAGUUGCUGGAGCACACUAGAUUGCUAGUGUUUAGUUGCUGGAGCACACUAGAUUGCUAGUGCUUAGUUGCUGGAGCACACUAGAUUGCUAGUGCUUAGGUGCUGGAGCACACUCGAUUGCUAGUGCACAUGUAGAUGCUUAGGACUUGCUAAUGUGUAUCAAUGAGUAAUAUGUAAUUUGCUGAGAGUGAAAGGCGCAGCAGAAUCUGAUGGACAUAAAAUAGAUUAAAGAUGUUGACACAACUACUGCUUUGUUAUAAUCAUCAGUGCCGCCAUACAGUGGAAACAAAACAUCUUCAGCUUACUAAGAAAAAUAGUUAUUUUGGAUGAUUUACUAACUUAAGUAGUUAAAAAAGUAGUAAAAAAUUGUUAUUUUGGAUGAUUUUUGCUAGUAAAUAAACGUCUCAUUUUCAGUAUUGUCCGCA